AUGGUCACAGACCGCGGAAUGUACGCCAUUGUCAACGUUCACCACGACUCUUGGACUUGGGCCGAUUUGACAGUUGCGAACACGAAUGUCACGGCUGUUGAAGAGAGGCUUGGAAAGCUGUGGGAGCAGAUUGGCAAGAAGCUCGCUUGUAAGAGCGAGAAGGUUGCUUUCGAGACGAUCAAUGAGAUCCCGGGGACUACGGCUGAGCAUGGCGCAGAGGUCAACAGGCUAAACGACAUCUUCCUCAAGGCUAUCAACGAUGCCGGGGGUCACAAUCCGAAGCGCGUUGUUACGCUCGUUGGCGCUGGUGAAGAUGGGGCGAAGACGUCGCAGUGGUUUAAGAAGCCUGAUCCGAAGUUCAAGAAUCCUUGGGGCAUUCAGUAUCACUACUACUCACCUUACGACUACGUUUUCCAGGCCUGGGGCAAAACCACGUGGGGCUCUGACGCCGACAAAGCUGCUCUUGAAGCCGACCUCGCCGCCGUCCGUGGAAACUUCACCGAUAUCCCUCUGGUCAUCGGUGAGUGGGCUGUAUCGCCCGUCGCCACUGAGACUGCAGCGCGCUGGCGAUACUUCGAUUUCUUUCUCCGCACUGCAGCAAAAUACAACACUUCGACCAUCCUCUGGGACAACGGAGCCGAUUUCCUUGACCGUGCGACACAUGUUUGGCGCGACGAAGUGGCCUUGGACAUCUACCGCAACGCUGUCAAAGGCAUCCCGAACGCGCUCCCAGAAAGUACUACAGACGGCUCUGCAACGACGCAGUCUAGCUCUGCGUACAUCUAUCACCGCAAGAACGAGACUGUAGGAGACGCCACGUUGGGCUUCAUGUUCAACGGAAACACACUCAGUAAGAUUAGCAAAGGAAGCAGACAACUAGCCAAAGACACAGACUACACCGUCUCAGGCGAGAAGAUCACCUUCACAGCUGCAUACCUCAAAUCGAUCAUCACACCUACCUCGCCCACCGGCAGUCUAGCAAACCUAACAUUGACUUUCAGCCGCGGCGCCGCUCUGCAAGUCAACAUCCUCCAGUACACUACACCAGUCCUAUCCAGCAAAUCCGGGUCCUUGCCAGCAGCCGGUCAGGACUUGCUUGUCCCGAUUACAUGGUCUGGCCAAAACAGGCCUGCGGCUGUCAAAGCUACCAAAGCUGAUGGAAUGUAUCUAGUGGAUGACUGGACGCAGUACCUACCUGUGCUACAGCAGGGUCGGGCGACGUACGGUAACCAUUGGGACUGGACUGCGCAAGGUGUUGUUAUCAAGGCAGCGGCUUUGGAUGCUGUGAGGGCGGCGGGCUUGGAUACGACAUUCAUGAUUGAGUUUUAUCCCAGGGAACCGGGGAAUGCGGUGGAGUACACUGUUACUGUUUGA